CGCCGUUCACACAGAUCACAGACGCACCCGGAGGACUUUAUACCACCCUCUCUCCCCUCUCUGGCUCAUUUUGGUGAACAGGAUUUACAUGCUGCCAUCUUGCUCCCUCUCAGCAAAUAAACUAGGAGAAGCAAAACACCUCCUCUUCCACGCCUCCUUUUCUCUUCCCACCUUCUCGUCCUGCUGUCACCUUUUUCUGCCUCUUUGAGGAGGUAAUCCCCAACCAGCAGCUCCCCGCUCUUUGCCUCAGACUCUCUCUCUCUCUCUGCCACCACCCCCCCUUCCUUCCCUCCCCCCUCUUCCUCUCGCUGGGUGCCAGAGGAGCUCCAGUGUGAGCGAGCUCCAGUUCCAGCUGGCCUCCCCACUGCGCUGCUGGUAUGGCGGACUCUCCUCUUAACCACUCCUGGCCCUCCUUCUCCAAACUCUGGAUGAAGAGAUGGUCCUUCAAGAGAGCAUCAGAGAGCAAGUCAUGUAGCCAGCCCUGUGGGCCCCCCAGCGGCCAGCUCAGCAUCCAGCCUCAUGCUCCCAGUGGGACAGGAUCGUCCUCCUCGCUGUCUCCUGCCUCUGUCACUGAGGAUGUCUUCUUUGGUAGCACCAAUGAAGACCAGGAUACGUGUUCAGUAGUCAGCGACUACGACUGCCCCUGUGCAGAGGUGAGCAACAGCGUGGAGGACCUGCUGCGCCUCAGCUCCUCUCUCAGAGACUCUGAGUACUUUAAAGACCUGGAGGGAGGGAUACCGGUUUCACAGUCUACUGCAUCCUCAGUAACCACAGUCCCAGAGAGCAAAACCCCAGCUGUUGUGUCUCCAAACACAGACAGUCCUUCCAUCAACCAACCUGCACAGACUUCUCCGACCACACACUCCCCUCAGGUCAAUGCACCACCUCCCCCCUACUAUAUAGAUCCUGCAGUGGAACCUCAUCACAACUUUGUGGUCACUCAGCUUACUCCAAAAUUAUUGCCAGGUUGUAUUAUUGACAGCGGUGACUGCUCAGGCCCUGCAGUCGGCCUUAGCUUGACAAUUAAUCUGAAUGGACUAUUGGGAACAAUGGAAACAGCCACAGGAAUAACAGGAUCAGAGGAAGUAAAGGAGCAACCCGUUAUGGAUUUAGACAGUGAGCCGGAACUUGACAGCUUUCCUAUUCUGGUCAGAUCCAUGUCAACGUCUCGGAGGCACAGCUGGGGUGUCCCCGUGUCCCCCAUUAACCUGGGAAGGAGACUGAGUCUGGAUACCAUGGCCAUGGACAGCGAUGGAGAGAGGGAUGAUGAUGACGAGGGGGGCCAGAAAAGUCUCUUCCAGUCCAACCAGCAGCAGACCCACAGCUGUGCAGCAUGUCCUGAAGAUGAAACAGACGGUCCCAAGCUGAGGGUCCCCUGUCCAAGAGCCAGGGUCACUAGCAUGGCCUGCGGUGCGCCUGGCAGGCAUCUGUACUCCCGCUCAGAGAUCCUCGCCACAGAUGAGUGUUCCCGUGCUGCACACAUUUCUCGCGUCGUGCAGACAUCCAAACAGGCCGCGCAGGCUGCAGGAGCGGAGGAGUUCGACCCUGAAGAAAACCUACAUUCUUCUGAAGGACAGAGCCAUAUAGCAAAGCAGAGGAACAACAGAUCAGACACCAAAGAGUCAGGAAAUGUAACUUGGUACGAGUUCCUCUCUAAUGAGAAUGAGGAUGAGGAGGAUCGUUCAGAGAAGGUGGAGAAAGGCACCAAGGUGAAGAGGACUCUCAGCUCUCUGAGGAACAGGAUGGCCGGUUCCUUCAAUAAAGAUAAGGGUAAGAACCGAGAAAAAGAGCAGCAGAGAGAGAAGGGGAAGGAAGCCAAAGAGAAAGUGUGCGGCGGCGGCGGCAACAGGCAUUAUCUGGUGCCAGGUUCUUUCUCCAGCUGUGCCACCUGCUCACUGUGUAGCAAGACCCUGCAGAAAAAGCAUGGCCUGCAGUGCAUGAAUUGUGCUGUGAACGUUCACAAGAGCUGCAAGUCUCUGCUGGGCGAGUGCACCAGCAGCAGGAAUAAGAGAGAUUCUCUACCGAGGACUGGCUCAUCAGGAUCGCCUCACUUUGCAGUAAAUUACCGGGACAGAGAGCGGGAGCAUUUGGGCCCAGCCUCAUCACAGGCCCUGGAUGGCCACGCAGGUUUUUCCAGCACCCCAGGCAUGACCAUUAGUCCGUGGGGUCCUAGCACUCAGCCAACUGCCGCCUAUUCCACCAGCUCCACCGCUGUCCUUGCCUCUAGCCUUGGCCACAGCCUCCGUCACCACAACAGCUCAGGAUCCCUCCCUGGGGAGAUGGAUGAGACAGAUGCUCUCCGCUCCAAACGCUGCAACGAAGACGCCAUUUCCCUCGCUCCCUCCACCACUGAGUCCAUCAUCGUCGAAGAUGCUCACUAUGCAGCAGUACGGGCUGAUCUGGAAUCUGAUGCGCAGGACAUGGAGGCAGAGUCAUGGAGUUUGGCAGUUGACCAGCAGCAUGUUAAGAAGCACUCUAAAGAAAUGGUGAAGAGACAGGAUGUAAUAUAUGAGCUGAUGCAGACGGAGAUGCACCAUGUGCGAACUCUGAAGAUAAUGCUGCGUGUGUACGUCCGGGAGUUGAAGGAGAACCUCCAGAUGGACUCGGGCAGGCUGGACUGUCUGUUCCCCCGCUUGGAAAACCUCCUCGAACUUCACACACAUUUCCUGUCUCGUCUCAAAGAGCGGCAGCGAGAAAGCCUCAUCUCGCCCAAUGACAGGAACUACACUAUCAACAGAGUGGCAGACAUUCUGAUCGCACAGUUCUCGGGUGAAAUAGGCGAGAGGAUGAAGGAUAGCUAUGGAGAUUUCUGCAGCCACCACACUGAGGCUGUCAGCUACUACAAAGAACAGCUGCACAACAACAAAAAGUUCCAGAACAUCAUACGGAAAAUCAACAACCUGUCCAUUGUGCGGCGGUUAGGAGUGACUGAGUGUAUUUUGUUGGUGACACAACGCAUAACCAAGUACCCAGUACUAGUGGAGCGCAUUCUGCAAAACACUGAAGCGGGUACAGAGGAGCAUGAGGAUCUGACUCGGUCCCUGGGUCUGAUCAAAGACACCAUCGUUCAGGUCGACACGCUGGUUAAUCUGUACGAGAAGAACUCUCGACUCCGAGAAAUACACAACAAGAUGGAGCCAAAGGCACUGGGAAAAAUCAAGGAUGGCCGAGUGUUUCGCAGGGAGGACCUGGCACAGGGGAGGAGACGACUGCUGCACGAGGGCACAGUCAACUGGAAAGCUGCUUCUGGCAGGCUUAAAGAUAUUCUUGCAGUGCUCCUGUCGGAUGUGUUGCUCUUGCUACAAGAGAAGGAUCAGAGAUAUAUAUUUGCUACAGUGGAUAACAAGCCGUCAGUGAUCUCUCUUCAGAAGCUAAUUGUCAGGGAAGUGGCCCAUGAGGAGAAAGCCAUGUUUCUUAUCUGUGCCUCCUCCAAUGAGCCAGAGAUGUAUGAGAUCCACACCACCUCCAAGGAGGAGCGAAACAGUUGGAUGGCACAGAUACGACAAGCUGUUGAGAGCUGUCCUCACACAGAAGAGAGGCUGUUCAGCGAGGAGGAAGAGGCAAGAGCUUUCAGGUUCAAAGAAUUUCAAGAGCGGCUGAGCCAGAAGGAUGCAGUGAUCACCCAGGCUCUUACGGAGAAGCUGCAGCUGUUUGCAGACAUGGCAGAGUCUGUGGCAGGUCCAGAGGACACAGCUUCACGUACCAGACUUCUGCUCCGAGGAGAUGCCUCAGACCUCCAGCAGGGGGAGGCCCUGCUCAAAGGAGCUAUCACUGAGGUGGAGAACCUCCAGAACCUGCUGCAGUCUGGGGUGAUUGAGGAGGCUCCAACCUCGCGGCUGGAGGAAGGGGGCGGCUCUGGGGUUCUGCCCAAGCGAGCGGAUACAUUUGGUGGCUAUGAUAGCAGCCCCGCCAUCCUUAGUAAGAAUGGCAGUGUGAAGAAGAACUUUUCUUGUGAGUCCAGAAACAGAGACAGAAGCCAGAGAGCCAGCUCUGACCCUCAGCUCAAAGACCUCUGCGGCAGCCACACCCUGGAGCAGACGGUUGAUGAGAGCUGCUGCUCUCCUGCCAGAUGGAACCGCAUCUGGUCCAACUCCUUCCCCGAGGCUGAGUUCUUUGACAGCGUUCUGAUGCUCUCCCAAAGGCUCUACAGUCUGCAGGCCAUCAUUUCACAGUGGGACAGUCACAUUGAGCUUCAGCGGGCCUCCCUGCCCGGCCGCCACAGAGGGAACGUGCUCCUGGAGCAGGAGAAACAACGGACUCUGGCCCUGCAGAGAGAAGAGCUGGCCAGCUUCCACAAGCUGCAGUCUCAGCACCGGCAGGAGCAGCAGCGCUGGGAGAGGGAGAGGGAGAGGCACCGGCAGCAGGUGGAGGCCACCGAGGCCAGGCUCCGACAAAGGGAGGAGGAGUGCAGACGGCUGGAGGAGCAUCUGGCAGAAGAGAGGAAGGAGCUGGAGAGUCAGAGGGAGAAGUACCAGCAGGACCUGGAGAGGCUCAGAGAGUCCACCAGAGCUGUGGAGAAGGAAAAGGAACGCCUGGAACACCAGAAGAAGAUCAAGAGGAAGACUAUUGAGGUGACUCCUCUGUCCGGCAGUCUGAACGGGGAGCUCCUCAUGUCCUCUGGCCUCGCCACCUCCGCCGGUGUCGCCGACCUACCCCUUCCUCAGAAGCCCCUGGUGCGCGGCAGCCUGUCUGUCGCACCGGCCGACUACCCGGAGCGCCCCGAAGUGAUGCUGCGGCGGGAGACGAGCUCCUCCGCCCUGCCGCUGAAGACGGAGGUGCCCCUCCAUCUCUUCAGCACCACCAAUCAGCUGCACAAGCCGGUGGGGGUGCAGCAACAGAUUCCCACCAAGCUGGCCGCCUUCAGCAGCGGCAAAGGGAAAGGAGGCAAGAUCGGCAAAGCCUCACAUCGCACUGACAGCACUGCCUCAGUGGAUAUGAAGCAGAUGCUGCCACUGAAGCUGUCUGCCCGAGACGACAACGCCCUCAAGGCCAAGCGCUCCAUCAGCCCCCACCAGCAGCUCCCGCUGUCAGCCCCUCCUCAGCCUCUCUCCCUGCAUCACCAUGCCGAUCAACUCAGUCCUCCAGACAACGCUGGGCCAGACACCCAGUCCACCUCCUCCAUCAGCACCUCCCACCCUCCAAGUAUUCAGAAACCCCCCAUGCCCCCUGCACAGUCCCAUCCUCAGCCCUGCAUGCAGCCUCCCGCCAUCCCUCCCCACUCGCAGAGCACCGGCUCCCUCCAGUUCCAGGCCCAUCUGCAGCCGCAGGGCCUCAGUCCGAAUGUCCAGGUCAACGUUCAUGGCCUCAGCCACAGCCACAGCAUGCCGCCACCCUACAAGAUCAACACAGAGGACCUCAACAAGGAGGACGUCAUCUUCUUCUAAACUCAAGUCUGCAGCCCUCAGAUCAACCGCUGAAGAAUCAUGCGAUGGUUGCUGGUCCCAGAUCAACCGCGUGUCCCAUUCCAAGGAGCCGCAUGCAUGCGAUAAUGUGAUGUUGGUGGUAUGUUCAGUGCAGGAAGGUGUGCUGUUAUUGAGGUUUGAAUAAGGUAGUUUAAAUAUCUGUACAAAGAUGCAGCAGUCCAUAGCAGAGAGCAGAGACUAAGUCAGCACUAUAGUGGUCCAUGCAGAAAGAAAUGUUAUUGAAGAAUGAUGCCAGUUGUAUUUUAACACUGCUACCCCAGCUUUGUUUUUAAGCUGCCACAGUUUCUUUUUUAUUUAAUUUUUUUUUGUUUCAUUUCUUAACUCAAGAGGACGACACGUAUAAAGAGGAAACCUCUGGCAAAACAAAGGUUCCUUGUAACGUUUAUGAAAAAGUUUAAAUUAAGUUAUACCAAUCCAAAGACAUUAGCCAUGAGAGCUGGAGGGGAUUUGACUGAAAGGAACGAUGUGAACGAACAGAUUGGUGAUUUUCAGGAGACUCUGAUCAGGCUGGUUAAAAGGGAAAGGUACAGUGACUUAAACGUCUGCUUCUACUGGACCUGGACCCACAAGAAACGAUUCAAGGACCUCUGAGAUGAUCCAACUCUUGAUACAUGAACACUCUCUGCUUGGUGUUUCAUUUGCACAGUGUAAAUACUCCAUUCAAGACUAAUGAGUGAACUUUUAUGGACUGAAUGUGUAUUGUUUGGUUGUACAGUUUUUUCUUGUUCUUCUUAACCAUGCUUAUUACACAAGGCUGAACUUGUGGAGUACAUUUCUAGGUUUGCCGCUGGUUGUGAAAACUGACUUUGGUCAGCAGAUUAGAAACAAACAUGUUUUUUUUUCCCCAGGCUGUUGUGUAAUAAUGCUUCAUUUCAAUUAAGGGAGAGCUUUUAGCAAAAUCUUUUUUUUUUUUUUUCCCAACUCUUGCAAAGUGAGGCAAACUCAGGGAUGCCUUUGUUGUGUCUGUACAGUUUAAAGUUUACUUUAGGUCUUUUUUUGCAUUUCUUAGCAGGCAUUUCUUUACUGUGCACUCCUUAUCUGUGCAUUAUUAAUAUUUCUAAACACCAUUUCAGAAAUGCACAAAGUUUUAUUUGUGAGCACAAACAAGUAGGUUAGCCUUUUGUCAUACAGAAAUUUGCAGCCGAGAAAUAUGUUAACUCGGACUUGUACUUAAAUUGAAUUAGCCUUCAGCUUGCAGAGUUUAAAGGCAUUUUAGCCGAGCUGCUGUCGACCACAUAGACAUGCAGGAAAUGAGCUGGACUUCUCAGCAUGCUGUACGUUGUAGCUGUCAGAAAGGCCUCACUGAGUUUGUCUCACUCUGGGUCACAAAAACAAUCCGUUUAAAAGAAGCAUCUGUGAGAAAACAUGUUACUACAGUUUGCUGUAUAUUCAUGCUGAAUGAAACCCUUCUCUGCUUCAGCAGGGGAAAGAGGAAAAUUUGAGGUAACAGGCUAUCACAACAGGAAAAUUGUAAACAGAGUUGAUAUGUACUGAAAAUAUUGAAAUCCACACUCAUACUAAUAGAAAGUAUAACUUCAUGGUUUUGCACUAGACCAUCCAAUAGAUUAAAAGCCUCUCUGUGCUCCAAACUUUACCAGUUGAGGUUAUACAGACGACGGCGAGGCCUAAAUGUGCAUCGAGGAGCACAGUGUUAAAACGUUUCUAUCUCUCAGAAUGAGUCAUUCUGAAAUGAUUUCAGCCCUCCACUUCAGCGCUGAUUCUUCUCUCAAGCCAGGUAAUGAAAAGUUCCUUUGAUUGACAGGUCAUGUCUUUGAGGAAGCUCUUGUCUCUGCACCUCAUUUUGCUGACUCGACUGAACAUUUUUCAGGAUGGGGUCAUCUUAGCUACGCCGGUAUAUCUUUGAGAUAUAUAUGAAGAUGUCUGUUUUAAUUGAGACCCUGAGGCCUCAUUGACAAUGUGUUUUAUUGAUCGCUGAUGACGUUUCAUUAGCUGCGUCUUUAAUCUCUGUGCCUGACAGAAAAGCGGUACUGUGACGGGGACAGUGGUCCCGCAGCAAAAACAACAAUCAGCGCUUGUCUAAAAUAUCAGCCUCUUAUCUUUCUGCACAGGAGAAAUAUAGUGAUGUUUAUCACGUUUUCUGUCUCUGUAUUUACACAAGAACCCUUUAAAUCAUGAAGUCGUUGACACAUUAAUGUGUUCAGUGUCUGUAGAAGGAAAAAUGUCAGAGGAGCUUUUUGUCUUUCUCCAAAUAAGCUUGUCUCUGAAGCUGUCGAUCACUAGCUGGAGCUUGAGCAGGUUUUCUGCGUGUUGUUAUGUAUAUUAUGUAUAUUGUUGUACAUACUGUUUGUGAUAUCUUCUGCAGCGGCUGCCCCAUGCAUUGUUGUAUUAGGAACGGAGGCAUUUGACAUGAAUCAAGAUGCAAAAGUCAGCCAAAAGACUAUUUGUGCAUAUGUGUAUAUACACUUAAAAUACACACAUGGUGUGUAUGUACAAUACGGCGCGCCGUGCUUCGAUAGUCUCGUGGCAGUUUAAUGAAAGCACAAUCAUUCGUCGCUGUUGUUUAAAUGAGCUGAAAGCGAAGGCGUGCGUAUUUAACCUCCCUCUGUGUGUUGACGUUGUGGCGUUGAAGUCGAGGUGCGCCGUCUUUCGUCGCUCUCCUGCGAUUCACGAGUGAUGUUUCACCAAGAUUAUGUAGCAGUUGUGAAAACUAAAUCAUCUGCUCGUUUCAGUUGGUUAAACCAAAGACGUUCGGCUGACUGGGUUCUCGCUGUGCUCCCGUAUGAAGGAUAAAUGACACUGUGCUGGUCGUGUGGUCGUCCACAAAGUGUUCUUACUUGUGACAACAUCCUGCAGGGAGCGUCCCCAUGAAGUGUGUUCACAGCACAUUGUAGUCCAGCACAUAUCCUGCUUCAGGUCUAAGUUGUUUUAUUUUAUUUUACUUUUUUUUGUUUGUUUGCUUUUUUGCAUCCUCACAUCCAGAUCAAACAUAUCUCUCAGUGUACACAAACAAAUCAGAUUUAUGUACAUCACCUCUUAAACACAACAAGAAUGCAAUAUAAUGUGCAUGUGAACACACUUGGUGGUUUUAAGUGGGUGGAACCCUAUAGAACUUACAUAUUUUUCCAGACUAUUACAAACUGGAGGUCCAGUUACAAGCCUUUUCCCCCCAGAGCUUUCAACCAUAUCACAUGGUCCUCUUCAACAUAGUUAAGCUGAGAAGUCCUAAAAGUGCUAUUGGUGAAAUCAUGGCAGCUUUUGAUCGUGCAUGUCAUGACAAGUGAGCAGACCCCCUCUGCUGAUGAAGACCAUGCAAUGCAGUCGAAAGCUUCGGGAAGACUGGAGCUUGGAGUGCGAUUGUUGUUGUACCAGAAUGACCUUUGAUGCUUGACUCGAUGUUUCCAUGUCUGUCCAAUUUCUCAUUUUUCCACGUGUCUCCUUCAGUUCUGAAUGAGAGAAAGGCGGUGUAAGAGCACUUCAGCUGUGCUCCGGGUGUAGUCAGCCUCAACAGGAGAGGUGGAUGCUGCCUAUUGGUGCCACAGUUUGGAUCAACUCAAGUCUUAAAUGUCCUUGUGUGUGCGUGUGUGUGAGUGUGUGUGUGCCACCAAAAAAUCAGCCGAAACAUUUCUAACCGACCUGGGUUUUGUUUUGUUUUUUUAAUUCUCACACACGUUGGACCUGUCAUGUGUAAAUAAUCAUGUUUUAUUUCCUCUGCCAAUUUCACACUAGUCACUUUGGAUAGUAGCAUACUUGAAGGGGAAAAUGAAUGUUUAUAAUGCUUAUUGUUAUUGUCCGUGAACUUUUAUUUACCAAGAGCUGUCUAAUGACAUUUGUAGCACACAGCAAGACUGAUUUUUGUACCAUUUCAUUUCAUUCACUGCGAGACAUUAGAAGGACCUGUGGACACAAACUGCUGCCUUAGUUCAGUAAUAAAAAGUC